AGUAUGUAACACACUUUCUCCUUGUCCAGUCAUCUGGUCCGUGUGAAUUUAACGGAGAACAUUUUUACGUAACAAAUUUUUAAAUUAUCGUGUCAGAAACUUUCAAAAACUUCGUAGUUUUAAAGUUAAGCAUCCUAUUACGAAACUUGCAUGAUUUUUUAUUACGUAUGUAACUUUAGUAUAAUAAUUUGGCUACGGUUAAAAAACGUGGUGUUUUUAAAAUAUUUCGAUCACAAAUUUACGUGAAACACAAUUAAAAUCAUUUUUAAACAUAAAUAUUUAAUUAAAAUAGAGUUUUAAACUACAAACUAAUAAUAAUCAUGACGGCUUCAAUUAUUAUGAAACUCGAGUUGAGCAACCAACUCGAACUGUUACACAAUCAUCUUAUCGAGACGUUCCAAGUUAUUCAAGAUUUCCUGGAAAUUGAAGAUGGAGUUGGACCAGAUUCCAGCGAGAAUUUAAAUUUGAAACAAACCUUAUACAAAUUUGUGACUCAAAUGUCCUCCUUCACCUCGAACGUGACAAGUCUAAAGGUCAAAUUGAACAAGUACCAAGAAGAUGACGGGGAUCCCAAGGGUUAUCACAACGACGUUGUUAUUAACGGAUCCCCGUCACCGUCUACUUCUUAUCACGACGACGCCAUCGAGAACGAUAAGAACACGGUGGUCAGAGUGAACAAGUAUCAAGAAACUUGGGGUCACGCUGAGAAGACGGAGGUCAAGGUGAAGAAGUACCAAGCACACGGAGGUCAUGACGACGACGACGUUAUCAAGACGGAUAAAAACACGCCGCAGCAGGACAACCUUAUCGAGGAAGAUAAGACAAAAAACGGUUACAAGUUUCCACCCGGGUGUAAAAUAAAAACGGAAGAGCUCGAAGUGGAGGAAGUCGUGGUAUCGGACGAGGAGGACGCAGACGAAGAAUGCGAAGAAGAGGAGGAAGACCUCCUUCCGUAUGAAAUGGAGGAAGUAGAAACAUUUCCGGUCGGCGAAGAAGGAUAUGAAGAAGAGGACGAUUUCGAUUUCAAUUAUGAUGAAUAUCCAGAAGGAACUUCGCCCCCAGAAUAUGAAUAUAAAUAUGACAUGCAUCCUGUCCAAUUUGAGUAUUCUACACCUCCGAAUUUACCUACUGAAAGAAAAUCUUCCUCCAGGAAGCAAAUCAUUGGUCUCAGAAAUAUUGACGAAACCCCCAUCAUUCAGGAAACUAAACCUGUCAAGAUUAACAUGCGAACCAGAACGCCCAUGUGGAACGGGAAACCCGUGUCGUUAUCGACCCUGCGCGUAAUGCGGUUUCGCAGCAGGAUGACUGAAGAGCAGAAAAUGGAGCAGAGGAGGAAGGAUCGCGAGAGAGUGGCGCGGAAGAGGGCGGCCCUGCGCGCGGCGCGUGCCCUCCAACAAGGCGACACCAACGGGAACAGUAACUCUUCGGAGAGCUACGAAAGUCUGUGCAUCAUUAAAAAGAAGGAGGAUUCGCCAUAAUGGAACUGAUACGAAAUUGUAUUUUAUCAUAUUAUUGUGUUGAAACGGUACAAUGUAUUUUUUAAAAGCAUGUUCUUCAUUGGUAUGAAUUUUAUUUAAACUGAAAUAAAAACGAUUUUAUGUUUUAUUUACGUGUCUGAAA